CAUUGACCGGUUUUUGAGGGGGGAUGGAGAUGAACAGGAGAUGACGAUGAAGAUGUUGCGUUCCGUCCAAGAUCAUAGGUCGGCGGGCUAGCCAGCUACCCGCAUACCCUAUGUCAAUGAAAGAUCACGGAGUGUAGGGAUAAGGCAUACCGUGCUAAGGGUCUUCAGUCUCUUCAAAGGUGGAGGAUUGUCGAGUUUGAGGACGUUCACAUGGGAGGCUUUGGUUUUACGAGUAACUCUUGGAGGCAUCACGAAAUCGACAGAGCAAUGAUGAACACGAAGUUGUAUGGGCGAGUCUCAAAACCAGUCGUUAUUUCUGGUCCCGUAGUAGGUCCCAGGAGGUCCCAGGUUUUCCUGGUCCCUUUUAGGGAGGAGCAGGUUUGAUAGGUCAUGCCGGGGUCCUGCUGAAACGAGUAGGGCUCAAUACGUGCGCCUUCGUCAAAGGUCACUCCGUACACAGGCACAUGAAUAUCAUUGAAACACUUUUUGGGCGCACCGUCACCCCUGCUGAGCGGUUGCGGCAGCACCAGCGCGCCCUCGCGAAGGCUCAGCGCGAACUCGACCGCGAACGUACUAAGCUUGAGCAGAGUGAGAAGAAACUCAUCAUGGACAUCAAGAAAAGCGCUAAGGCGGGCCAGAUGAAUGCGUGUAAAAUCAUGGCGAAAGAUCUUGUCCGGACGAGACGAUAUGUGCAGAAAUUUUAUCAGAUGAGGACACAGCUCCAAGCUGUUGGAUUGCGGAUACAGACGCUUAGAAGUAACCAGCAGAUGGCCGACGCGAUGCGCGGUGCCACUCGUGCGAUGAAGGGCAUGAACCGCGGGCUGAACCUGCCUGCGAUCCAGCGCAUCAUGAACGAGUUCGAGCGCGAGAGUGCGACGAUGGACAUGAAGGACGAGAUGAUGAAUGACGCUGUGGACGAUGUCAUGGAUGAUGACCUCGAAGACGAGGAAGAGGAGGGAGACAAGAUCCUUAAAGAGGUCUUAGACGAGAUCGGCGUUGGCCUCUCGCAGCAGCUUACUGACGCGCCCACGGACAUCGCUACCUCUGCGCCCCUCACGGAAAACCGUCAGGUUGUCGCGCUCGGGGACGGAGGCAUCGCGGCUUCUGGCAGGCCCAAGUCAGGUAAUGACUCUUCCGGGGGAAAUAACGGUGCAGGCGGCUUAUCGGAUGAAGACUCAUUGCAAGCUCGACUUGAUGCUCUUCGCCGAGGAUGAGAGGGAGGUUUAGAUGUAAACCGAUACCCACAACAUCCUGCACUCACUUUCCUCGUUCCUAUCCCGGGCUUUGUUAAUUCUGAACAUUUUACACUUGUAGUACUAUAAUUCUUCUGUCUCUGUUAUCCUCUGUUUUGCUGUCUGCCUUACGAUUUGUUGGAUGUUCACAAGGUAUAUGAGAAUAUGGACGACAUAGUAAAUCACUCCACACACUCCUGGCCACAUUUUCUGUACUGUCAUACCCUCAGCCCCGCAAUCGCCCGCGCCUCUUGCGAGCUCAACUUCCAUUGUAUCCCUGAGCUGCUGUAAAAAUCGUCUACGUCUUCUUC